UGGAAUAAUUCAAAUAAAAGUGUACAAACCCUUGGAAAGUGAAUAAACAUUUACAAAUCGGACUAUUUAAACUUGAAAAUAUCAGCUGAUGUUCAAAAUGACAGUUUAACUCUUCAAAACAUUAAGUGCAAGUGAUACGUCGUUAUUAAAACUGAGUAAAUCGUAAAAAGUCUUCAUAAUAUUUUACAAAGUGCGAGCAUAUUCCAUGAAGUGUAUAAUUCUACAAAUAAGACAUUAUUAGAAAAUAUGCAUAAUCAUUCUCAUUAAGAAUAACGAAAACAUUUAUCUUUCAACGCCAUCUAGCGAAAAAAUCAGUAACGCAACGUAAUUAGGAUAACGACCUCUAACGAAUAGAUCCCUAAUUACGGAAUAAAGUCCACACAUAGCUAAGUACUGAUACAAAGAACUUCUAAUAGAGGGCGUUAAGAUGUCGAAUAUAGAACAGUUGAUAAAAGAAUUACGAAUUGAUAUUAAAAACGACUCCGAAGAAUCUUUAAAAAAAGUAGAACAAAGGAUUACGAAUAAAAUUAAUGAAAACAUAGACUCAAAAUUUAAAACUAUUCAAGAAGACAUCGAAAAAUUGAAGAAAACAAAUACUGAAAAUGAAUACAGAUUGUUAGAAAUAGAAAAAUGUAUGAGAAUUAGAAACCUUAUAUUUUUUGGAAUACAAGAACAAGAAAAAAGCUAUGAAGAUUUAGAAAAAAAUAUUUUAAACUUAAUUACGUCGGACAUGAACAUAAAUUGUCAUAAGACUGAGCUGCAAUUCAUUAAGAGAUUAGGAAAAAGAACUGAAAAUAAAAUUAGACCUGUAAUUGUCACAUUCAGCACCUUUGGAAAAAAACUAUGCAUAAUGAAAAUGAAACAUAAUCUAAAAGAUAAAAACAUUUACAUAAAGGAGGAUUUUCCACCAAAAAUACUUGAAAUAAGAAAAAAAUUACAAGAACAGCUUCAUAAAGAGAGAGAAAGUGGUGAACAUGACAGCAAUAAGAAACAACAAAUCGCCAAGAAGAAUAAGGUUCGAUCCUAUCCAUCUCAGAGUAACCAAUAUUCUAUAAAAAAUUAUAUAACAAACAAAAAUAAAAGCUUACUACUACCCAAACCAACAACUUCUAUCUCAUCAGAUUCGGAAUAACAAUUAAUAAAGCCCCCCAAUUUGACAAAAACAUCAUUCACCCCCUCAAAUAAUAAAUAUUUAUGUCAAAAGGUUAAUAAUUAUACACCUCCCCCACAACGGUUAGUCACCGCGGGGGCAGUAGACUACAACCCUCCAAAUAACAUGAAAAUAAAAAAUAUAUACAUAUCCACGUUUAACGUACGAUCCCUAGCAAGUGAAGUCAGGCUGUUAGAAUUAGAAUAUGCAAUAUCACCUAUAAAAUGGGAUAUAAUCGGUAUUUCAGAAGUAAGAAGAAACGGAUUUAAAAUAGAAAAUAGAGGUCGCUACAUAUUAUAUUACUAUGGAAAAAUAAAAGGCGAGAAAGGAGUAGGAUUCCUAGUUAAAAAACAAAGAUACUUAGAAACUAUUAAUUUUAUUGGAAUAUCCGAUAGAGUAGCAAUAUUGCAAAUUAAAAUAUUAUGUACUUUAUAUAGUAUUAUACAAGUGUACGCUCCUACGGAAAGCUCGAGUGAAGAAGAACUAGAAACAUUUUAUUCUGACUUAGAAAACGCAAUAUCUCAAUGUAACAAAAAAAUUAUAAUUAUGGGCGACUUCAAUGCAAAAAUAGGUCAAACAGAGGAUAACGAGGAAAUGAUUAGAGGCAUAUACGGUUAUGGCAAAAGGAAUAGUAGAGGCCAACGUCUAAUGGAUUUUUGUUUUCAAUAUAAAUUUAAGAUAUUAAAUACAAUCUAUAAAAAACCAAACAGUUUAAAAUGGACAUGGAUGGCACCCAAUAAUAAAGUAAAAAACGAAAUUGACUUUAUCAUUACUAAUAUACAUAGAAAUGUGAGCGAUUUGAGUGUAAUAA